UGGAUGAUGCUUGGUUAGAUUUGCGAGAUCAAGAUCAACAGAGUUUGCAGAUGGAGAAAAGUGAUUAUGCAACAUGGAAGCAAGCAGAAAGAGACUUGUUUUUCCAAGCAACUUAUUAAUUUUUGAACUUCGCUUUUAUUUGCCCAACAGAAGCAUCCUACUCUCAGCGAAGCUUGCUUUUAGGAACAGUAGCCAGGCCUCGAAAUGUCACAUGGAAAUGUGUCGGCUGGAUUAUCCUUUCAUUGCCAGUCAGAUUUAACUGUCAUGAUAUGUGGACUAUCAACCUUCUGCUUUUACGUGUCAGCAACAGCUUUUGUUUUUGCCCUUAUUCCACAGCUGCACAAAAAUUCAUAUCUAAAGUCGACGAAAGGACUAAGCUCGUUGUGGGCUGCAGGACUCUCCACUGCAAACUUAGUUCAUACUUUCUUUGUUUUCCAAAUCUCUUCCAAGAAUAUUUAUUUCAAGAUAGCGUCUAUAAUAUACUGCGGAACGUCAGCCGGGUUGCUUUUCCAGUUUUGGUUAUAUUCCAAAGAAGAUGUCAGAUUUAAAGUUACACUUUUUGGCACCAGCAUAGUCGUGUGGCUUGCUAUAAUUUCUAUAGAAAUUGCUGUUCCAAAUUUGCGUGGAGCGAACAAAAUGGAAUGGAUUGCAAUUAUAUUGUUCUCCGUAGGACUUUUGCCACAGGUAAUUCGUAAUAUAUUUGAAAGAAGCACACUUGGGCAGUCAAACAUAUCAGUAGUUUUGACAGCUGUAGGUUGGUCAUUUCAGUUUGUGCCUGUGUAUAUUUUUGAGACAUCCACCAAAUUUAAAAGCAUGGUUUUCAUUGGAGCAUUCAUUGGUCACAUCAACUGUUUGCAGUUAAUUUGGUUUCGAAAACCUGUUAUUAAAACGAGAAGAAUUGAGCAAAGUGCCCCACAAUAUGGGAGCAACAGGAGUCAGCUUCCGGAUGGAGAUGAGUUCUAUUCAUUCCGAGAGCAUAGGAGCUCCAUUGCCAGUUCCUCAGUACAAGAUGAUGUGUUUGUAGAUCAAAAAUCAAUUGCUAAUGCCAGCACUUUGAAGCCAACUGUAGUUGGAACACUCACAGGAAUGGCUGCUUGGCAGAUAUGCGUAGGAGUUUUUGAAGUAGCUGCCCUGGUUGCCCUGACAGGUAUCACUGUUUUUCUUGUUGGGUUUUUUUGGAUUCUCUUUGCUCCAUGUCUGGUCAUUUUUGUACUAGUAUCAGUAACACUCUACAGAGACUAUGCAGAAUGCACAAGCAAGUGCUGUGAUGAUGCCUUUGAUGAUAUGCAGUAUAGAAUGUUCGGGGAAAACAAUGUUUGACUUCAAUCCAACAAAAACAGUAGAAGAGGCAGGGUAAGAAUCAAGUAAGCUUCUGGCACAGAAGUAGAGGCAGACCUUGUCUGAUUCAAACAACAACAACCUGCGGUCUUUGUCAAUUUUCAUCAUGAGUGUAAUUUGAGUUUACAAGCAUAUUACUUGUCAUACCCAGAAUCUCAAAGUCUGCCCCCUUUGUAUGAACCCCCUCAAAUAAAAAUCAAACCUGUAAAUAAAAAUCUUAAUAAGCCCCCAGCUUGAAUAAAUCAUCACCUCUGUAGUGUAGUGCGAUCAAAAUAACAGAAGGGGUUUUUGCACCAAUGUUGCUAAACAUCGGCUAACUUAGGCAUCAGCAAGGAAGCUUACGGGUCAUUCCAUGUCAAAUUUUAUAUAAAAGUCAUGAAUUGUCACCCACCCUCUCAGAUUUCGAUGAAUUUUACAAUAUUGAUUCAGUCCCAGGGGAAACCACCUCACCCAAAAUUUCAGCACAAUAGGUUAAGGCGUUCCGGAGAUACGGCCAGUCAAAAGUUGUCUCAUUUUAGGGCGUGGUCCGCCCAAAAUUUGUGCCAGCGAUAAAUAAUAACAUUCAAAGUCCUGUGAAAGUUUUUUUUAUCACAAUAUUUACAUCAAAUUAUCAACACAGUACAUUCUGAUAGUGCAGAUUUCAAAUAUGACCACCAAAACAUCAACAAAGCAAAGCUAGUUACUGAAAAAAUAGGUUAAAAGUUUAUAUUAGACUUCUUAGAUUUUGUGACUAGCCAAUUUGAAUGUCAUUUUUUGCAAAGUCUGCAAAAUUUUUAAGAAUUGAAAAUAGUACCAGCUGAAAGCUCUUGAAUUGGGCUUUUUAACCAUAUAAAUAUUAUCAUUUGUAUAUUCAGCAUUACUGAGAUUAUUUGAGUUAUAUAAGAGUAAUAAAAUUUGCGAAACUUGCCUCACAACCAUUCUGUAUGCCAAAUGGCUGGCAAAAUAUUUGUCAAAACAUAUAGUAUUUCUUUUAAAAAACAUAUAGAAGUAGAUGCCUAAGAUGAAAACUAUUACUCAUUUACUUCAAGAUACCAUUUCUUAUGUUAAAAAACUUCUGGAAUGUUUUGUUAAUGUUGUUUAAAUCAGCAUGUUUUAUGCUGUAUGUCCUUCCAGUUGCUGUUACUGGAGCAUCAAUCUUCACCAAGAAAUCAUUUUCUGGAAUGCAACAAACAUCAGCUCUAGCUGGCCAUACAAAGGUCUGUGCUGGGCCUGAGGGAUGAAACAAGUUUACUUUUGCAUCUCUUUCUUCUUUGUUUAUCACUUCAACCAUGCCAAUCCACCACUUGUUAUCAUAAACGCAUGCCACAAAAUCAUUCUCUUGAACAUCCUUUAAGGUUAGAGCUUUGUAUAUUUCUCCUUUGAAAUUGUGGGUUCCUGAAAAACUGUCAUCUUCUGAUGUACGCUUGUAAGCAAUCUCAUAGGGACCAAUUGGUUCAAAGUAAUGGAAGCUUCUUGUUCCUGGUACUGUUGAUCCCAAGGCAAAACGGUCUUCCAAGCCCUAUCUGACUGACAUCAUUUCCUCUUUUGUUAUAAAAAUGAAACUGAUGUUAUUUAUAUUUUCACUGCAAAAGAGAAACAUAUCCUUUGCAGUUAAAAUCUGUUGUGAAAUUGGUCUUUGUAAACUUGCCCUAGCUGUCAGUCUCUUAACUGCUCCUCCGAUGCCAUCGCAGGGAGACUUGCCAUGGCUUGAUGCAAAGAAUGUCCAGUUUGCAGAUAACCCAAAAUCUUGCUGAUGGAGUGUCAAGUUCAAGAAAUUUUUGUAGUUCUUGUAUUAGGAAGGACAACCAUCAGAAAAAUAUUCUAGUUUGCAUAUUUUUGGCAAUUUAGUUUUGAUGACCUGUGUUAAUUCUUUUUGAAUCUGAUAUACCAAGCUGGUGUCAUGUUCCAGAUCAUCUGAUAAAAUACAGAAGGAGUUCUGCAUCAGUGUCUCAUCUUCUUUGAAAUAUAAAACAAGUGGGUGCAAGGUACAGCAUGGUUUGCUCCAGUGGUAAGACUGGACCUCAUCUUGCACCACAAAACUGUAGUUCUCUGCAAAAUCACCUAAUACAAUAGCUGUAUCCUCUCCAAUUUGUUCUUUGCGAAUCUUCAAAUACCUUGCUUGACAUUUUGCCAGAUAUGAAUGUGAAGUCAAUCUAUCAAUGGUUUUUACUACAUGGUCAAUGAAACUUUCUAAAUCUAGAGUCUGGCUU